CUUUUUUGGAGGGAACGCUAACUAACUCCCUCUCUCUCUAUAUAUACACUCUUACAUGUUAUUGCAACUUAAACCUCCUCAAAAAUAACCACCCAUCUCUACCAAAAUUUGACAUGGAAUUUUCAUAUGGUUCUUCUGAUGUUGAUAACGACUACGAAAACGAUAAUGCCAAUAAUAAUGAUUCAAGAUUCAAAUCCAAGAACUUAGACGCGGAGAGGAGACGCCGUGCCAAGCUUAAUGAUCGCCUUCUUCAAUUACGAGCAUUAGUCCCUAUUAUCACUAAUAUGACCAAAGCAUACAUCAUUAAGGACGCGAUUACUUACAUUGAAGAGCUUGAUAGCCAUGUAAGUGAGCUUAAAGACGAGCUUCUUGAGCUUGGAGAUAGUUUUCCUCCUAGGGAAGAAACUAAAUCAGCAAAUAUAGACGUUGUAAAAAAUAUUAUUGCGCCAAAAGAGAUGAAGUGUUAUGGAAUUGAGCCUGAAGUGAAGGUGAGUCCCAUUGAUGACAACAAAGUGUGGAUAAAGGUUGUGUAUGAGAAAAAAAUGGGAGGAUUUACGAAAUUGGUGGAGGCCAUAACACGCCUAGGAUUGGAGUUUAAUGACACGAAUUUCACCACCUCCAAUGGAGCCGCGGUUAUUAGUUCUUGCUUAGAGGGGAUGAAGAACAACGUCGAAGAGACAGAGGAAGUGAUAAUGAGUGUGCUUAGCAACAUAUAAUGAAAUUAAAUUAUGGAUUAAUUAGUAAUAUAAUUUUUGUUGGUAUGAAAUAGGGUCAAAGGGCUCUAUGUAAUUGGGAGGGUGGGGGAAAAGCAGUAAAAGCAUGUAUUAUAUUGUGUUGGUUUAAGAUAUUUUUUCUGAAGAGAAAAUCUAAUAGUUACAUCAUAGCAAAUGUACCUUUGAUUA